AUGAAAGCUGAGGAUGAAGCUCCUAUUGGAAGUCUGUCGUCGCCUUCCAAGUUUAAAAAGGCAAUCCCGAAUACUCAGCAGGAUUCCAAGCUGAAGAAGAAUGGUGUGGACGAUGAGCAUACGCCUAGAUUCUCCUAUAAGUUUAAGGAUAAAAACAUUAAACUGUCUUCGGAUAGAUUGACAGCCACUGGCCAUAAGGGCUGGACUUCCGUAUUCAGUACACAUUGUGCUUCUAGUGGAAAAUGGUACUAUGAAGUUAAAAUGAACUCUGACUAUAAAAACUUAAAAUUUGUGGGCCACGACGCGUCGAUAAAACAGACGAUCAAGGGCCACGCGAGGGUCGGAUACGCCUGCAGGUACCAGAGGUACGACAUGCCAGUCGGGGUCAACACGUACGGAUUCUCAGUCUCAGACGUGGACGGCAAAGCGUUCUACGAGCGAGUGAAGUACCCCUACGCGGUUCCAUUCGGCACUGGAGACGUGAUCGGCUGUUACAUUAGCCUGGAGAAGCCGACGACGGACUUCAACGACCCGAGGGACGACCUGAAGCUGUACGAAUUUCUCAGAGGUACUGCGCACGUUGAUAUGCCCGUUCAGACGGAAUGCUGUCAACCCGAAUUCAUACUCACAAUUUUCAAUAAAUGGCCAAAUGUAAGUGGCUCGCACGCUGUGUUCACACUAUCCGAGCUCAACGAAGCUAACUGCGAUCUUAGGUACCCACGGCUGGACUUUAAAAUUUACGACGGACACUACCACCCGGCAGUCUCAUUGUACAUGGGAGCGUGCGUGACCAUCAAUCUAGGUAUGCUGCCAGGUAAACACCCCUUCGUAGGACCUGACUUUCAGUACAAGCCUCCCGAAGACUUCUUGCCGUGCUGUCUCAUGGACAGACCACUAAUCACUUAA